CACUGGCUCUAGGACCCAGCGGCAGCGCUGCCUCCUUCAUGGGGCUGAAUGUGUUUACAGUGGGUGAGAAUGAAGCUUUAGGAAUUUACCUUUUUUAUUAAUCCUCCUUCAAAAUGAUCAGCAGCUUUGAUACUAAGGGAGCGAUGAAGACGGACAUACUGUGACCGAGUUGUUUUGAUGGAGUCUUCGCGGGGCACUGGCUCUCUCUCCCGCGAGUACAAACUGGUCAUGCUGGGGGAGGGAGGAGUGGGAAAGAGUGCCAUCAUCAUGCAGUUUAUCAGCCACAGGUUUCCUGAGGACCAUGACCCGACAAUAGAGGACGCGUACAAGACGCAGAUCCGCAUAGAUGAUGAGCCGGCAAACCUGGACAUCUUGGACACAGCAGGACAGGCCGAGUUUACAGCUAUGCGGGAUCAGUACAUGCGAGCUGGCGAAGGCUUCAUCAUCUCCUACUCCAUAACAGACCGCCGCAGCUUUCAGGAGGCGCGCCACUUUAAGCAGCUGAUCUACCGCGUCCGCCGCACCGUGGACACACCUGUGGUGCUCGUGGGAAACAAAUCGGACCUGGCUCACCUCAGACAGGUGUCUGUAGAGGAGGGAAAAGAGCUGGCGAGGGAAUUCCAGUGUCCGUUUUUUGAGACGUCGGCAGCCUUUCGCUACUACAUCGAUGAAGUUUUCGCUGCACUCGUGCGGCAGAUCCGUCAGAAGGAGGCGGAGGUGGUGAGGGGGAACGAAAGAAAGAGCCGCCGCUCGCAGUCGUUCUGGAGCCGCCUGAAAGCGCCCUUUCACAGGAAGCAGCAGUCCGAGCACUGAGGGGGCACACGGCAGACGGUGGUCCUCCAAGAAGAGGAAGAGAAAGUUACUGGGUUUUUUUGUGUUUUCUCAUCUGUACACUGAAAAAGUGGCGCAUUGAGUUUCCUUGAUUCAAAUGUGUACGUUAUUUCCGCAUGAAGGAGAUACAUCAACGCUUCGGUUUACUUACUUUCAGCAAUAACUGUGUUGAUGUAGUCCAAUUUAUUCACAUGGAAACAAUGUACACAUUUAAAUCAGAGUCAGUCCAGUGCAUUCAGUGUAGUCCUCUUACUGCCAUCUCUAAAUAUGGGCGGUAUUGUGAACUGUUGACGUAGACAGCGUUUAUGUUUAAUAAUUUUGAUUAAGCACUCCAAAUCGUUUCAUUUUGUUGAUCGGACACCAACCAUCCUUGUAUGUGCAGGACACACACAGUUACGGUCAUCAUAUAUAGGCUACUUACUGUUACCUUUGUAGGCUGACUUAUUAAUAAUACUGUAGUACUUAGUGAAAAACUAUUAAACUUGACAGUAGGGUCUUUUUUAAUAUACGGGCAGCAUUUCUUUUUCUUUUUUUUUUUUGAGGUUGGCUUUCAGGAGAACUGUAGUACCUCAGAGUUUAAAAAAAGAGGGAAAUAAGGAAGUCGUGGAGAGUCGAGGAAGAUUUUUAUGGGUUGAUAUGAAGAACAGAGAGCGAUAGGUUCGUAGAUGGCUUGAGAUUUCAUAGAAAAGAGAACAGAGAGUGUGCAGUAUGUCAGAGAGGGUGUGGCAGAGAGA